AUGGAGACACCCCGGGUUGGAAGGGGAAGAUGUGGGGACAUCUUGGGCCGGGUGAAGGUGGGUUGGACACGCGUCAACCUGGCGAAGAAGCUGCUGGAGAAGGCAAGUGGGGUGACACUGGUGCUGAAGAAGAUCCCUCUCGACCUGCCCAGCUCUCCCCCCUCUCCCAUGCAGCAGGGCAGCCCCCAGACGGGACGCAGACCGAAAGGAGUGGCGACCAGGCUGAGCCGCCGGCGGGUCUCAUGCCGGGACCUGGGCCGGGUGGACUGCGAUGGCUGGCUCCUGAAGAAGAAAGACCACGUGGGCUUCAUGGCCCAGAAGUGGAAGCGGUGCUGGUUUGUGCUGAAGGGCCACACACUCUACUGGUACCACCACCCCAAUGAUGAGAAGGCUGCAGGUCUCAUCAACGUGGCCACCUAUGACCUGGAGAGCACGAGGGAGCAGAAGAAGAAAUACGUGUUCCAGCUCUCCCAUCAGAGGUACAAACCCUUCAUCUUCGCCGCAGAAACGCUGGCCGAUUUGAGCAUGUGGGUCAGUCACCUGAUAACAGCUAAAACGAAGUAUGCGCUGGCCCACCAGUCGGUCCCAGACAGGGAGGAAGACUGCUACAGCGAGACAGAAGCCGAGGACCCUGAUGAUGAGUCCCCCAGGCAUGGAUGCGACUCGCCAAAGAAGAGGCUGCAAAACGCCCCGGAGAAAGCCCAGCUCUACCCGGCCAGUGGCGAGCCCAGCAGCGCAGCCAGCAGCCCCCAGGGCAGUCCCCGGCCCUGCUCACCCUUGGAGCCCGCCGGGGAGGAUCUCGAGUGCCUGAUGCGGUGCCUGAAGCAGGGUGGGGUGUCCCUUAUCGGGCGGCAGCGGUUCCUGACGCAGGAGCAGUGCCGCAAGUCCUUCAUCCGGCGCAACAAGAACCCCCACAUCAAUGAGAAGGUGCACGUGGUGCGAGCCCUGCAGAGCACACUCAAGGCAAAGCUGGAGGAGCUGCAGGCCCUGGAGCAGCUGCUCGGCGAUGCUGAGCUCACCUCGGAGAAGUUCACACGCUGGAAGGAAGAGCACCAGGAGCUGUACCAGGAGCUGCGGGAGUGCUGGGCAAGGCAAGAGGGCCAGGAGGGCGACGGGGGGCGGGGGGCUGAGCAUGACCCCCCUGAAGAGGCAGCUGAACCCUGA